GACACAGCCAGCAAUGAGCAGGUCUGAGGCUAGACUCCAGGACCACUGCUCGUCCUGAUGACACUCCAGCUGCCUCUCGACAUUAACUGGUGCCAUCACAGACCCGUGUUGCAUUUUUUUAACUUUGGGGCAAGUAGUCACUUUGGGAGUGAUGUGUGUAAUGAAGCCAUUGCAACUGCUUGGAAUGUUUCAAUAGGAGACUGUGUUCUGUGUCCACCCAGGGCCAGUUCAUCGGGAUGCACUUUUGUGCCAGAGGCAAGCUGUCAUCUGCAGACAUCGACAUCUAUUUGCUUGAAAAAUCCCGGGUUGUUUUCCAGCAGCCUGGAGAGAGGAACUACCAUAUAUUCUAUCAAAUUCUGUCUGGGAAAAAAGAACUUCAUGCAAGCCAUGGACAUUUUGGGCUUUCUUCCUGAUGAGAAGUACGGAUCCUACAAACUCACUGGAGCCAUCCUGCACUUCAGAAACAUGAAAUUUAAACAGAAGCCCAGAGAAGAGCAAGUAGAAGCAGAUGGCACAGAAAAUGCUGACAAAGCUGCUUUCCUCAUGGGCGUUAACUCCUCUGAGGUGGUGAAGGGCUUGAUCCAUCCUAGAAUCAAAGUUGGUAAUGAAUAUGUUACUAGAGGCUAAAUUUAGAACAGCCUUGAAGUAUAACAGCAUUGAAGAAAUUUGCAUUAAUUUUACCACUGAAAAUUUAC